GUGGCUCCUGCCGGUGCGGGGCGCAGGGUUAGGAAGGAGGGAGGCGCCGGAGCCCCAGAGACAUGGCGCGGCCGGACAACGAAGAGCAGGCAACCGAGGACCCGGAGCGCCCGCUCGCGAACGGGUACCUCCCGGUCCUGGGGGACGCGCGCAUCCCGGACAGGAGCGCGGAGCAGCGGAACGGGCCCAAAGCCGGCUGCCUAGUCCUGAACUUGGACCCUGUAGACCGCUCUGGAGCAGCUCCCAAGGCUCUGGGCGGGUCGCAAACCCCGCUGGCCUUGGAGGAGGAGACCCAGGCCCGGCUGCUGCCCUCGGGCCCCGACGAGGGCACCCCAGGGGCUGAGGACACGCCUGUGCCCAGGAUCUCGCUCUCCGUGCGGCGCUUCGCGGUGCUCCUGAUCUUCAGCCUGUACUCGCUGGUCAACGCCUUCCAGUGGAUCCAGUACAGCAUCAUCAGCAACGUCUUCGAGGGCUUCUACAAGGUGUCCUCGCUGCACAUCGCCUGGCUGUCCAUGGUGUACAUGCUGGCCUACGUGCCCCUCAUCUUCCCCGCCACCUGGCUGCUGGACACCAGAGGCCUGCGGCUCACCGCGCUGCUGGGCAGCGGCCUCAACGCCCUGGGUGCCUGGAUCAAGUGCGGCAGCGUGCAGCAACACCUCUUCUGGGUCACCAUGCUGGGCCAGUGCCUGUGCUCGGUGGCCCAGGUGUUCAUCCUGGGCUUGCCCUCCCGCAUCGCCUCCGUGUGGUUUGGACCCAAGGAGGUGUCCACAGCCUGUGCCACCGCUGUCCUGGGCAAUCAGCUUGGGACUGCAAUUGGCUUUUUGCUCCCACCAGUUUUAGUGCCCAACACGAACAACAGCAUUGACCUGGCCUGCAAUAUCAGCACCAUGUUUUAUGGCACCGCAACCGUCUCCACACUUCUAUUCCUUUUAGCAGCCAUUGUCUUCAAAGAAAAGCCUGAGCAUCCACCAAGCCAGGCUCAAGCCGCUGUCCAAAGGAGUCCUCCUGAAGACUAUUCCUAUAAGAAAUCCAUGAAGAACCUCGUUAAAAAUGUUCCUUUUGUCCUUCUAUUGAUUUCUUACGGUAUCAUGACUGGGGCCUUUUAUUCAGUAUCAACACUAUUGAAUCAAAUGAUAUUGACAUAUCAUAAGGGAGAAGAAGUAAAUGCUGGAAGGAUUGGACUGGUUCUGGUCGUGGCUGGAAUGGUGGGCUCUAUUCUUUGUGGUUUAUGGUUGGAUUACACCAAAAGAUACAAACAGACUACUCUGAUCGUCUACAUUUUGUCCUUUGUUGGAAUGGUUAUAUUUACUUUUACACUGGACCAUGUCAUCUACCUCAUCAUUGUGUUCAUUACUGGAGGAAUACUUGGUUUCUUCAUGACUGGUUACCUACCAUUGGGGUUUGAAUUUGCUGUUGAAAUCACUUACCCUGAGUCGGAAGGCACUUCGUCAGGUCUUCUUAAUGCUGCUGCGCAGAUCUUUGGAAUCCUGUUCACAUUGGCACAAGAAAAGCUCAUAUCAGCCUAUAGUCCUUUUGGAGGGAAUCUUUUCCUCUGUAUCUGGAUGUUCGUAGGCAUCAUUUUAACAGCAUUAAUCAAGUCUGAUUUGAGAAGACACAACAUAAACAUAGGAAUUACAAGUGAUAUUAAAGCUGUGCCUGUUGGAAGUCCCACAGAUCAAGAAACAAAAACAGUUAUGUUGUCCAAGCACUCAGAGUCGGCAAUUUGAGAUACAAGGCAGAAUGAAACGUGCCCAAAUGAUAUCAUGUGACAAGUGAGAUACGAUGUAAUGAUCCUUGGAGAAGUGCAUUGGCACUGAGGCUUGGUUUUUUUUUAUUUUGAAGCUUGGUUUUUAAAUGAUGGAGAUUGAACAGUUACUUGACAAUUGAUUACUAUGUGAACUCCAAAUACACAAUUACUUUUGCAUAAAGCACAUAUGAUUAUUUUAAUAUUACCAUUUAUCUAAUGAAUGUCCCAUGCUUAGUUUUCUACUUUCUGCCUGAAAGUAAGCUUUUUGGCAUUCAAAAUUUGUAGGAGCCCUGAUGGUGUAGUGGUUACAAAUUGGGCUAUGAUACAUAAUAAGAUCUCUAACUGCUCCUCAGGAAAAGAGGAGGUUUCUACUCCUGAAAUCAGUGACAGUCUCAGGAACUCACUCACAGGGGCAGUUCUACACUGUCCUCAAGGGUCUACGCUGUUCUGUGAUUUGGCAUUAGCUCAAUGGCAGUGAGUCUGAUAGGACAGGGUAGAGUUGCCCCUGUGUGUU